AUGGCGUCGUCUUUCUUCUCUGACUUUGGCCUUAUGUGGUACCUAGAGGAGCUCAGCAGGAAAGAGUUGGUGAAAUUCAAGGAGCUCCUCAAGCAGGAAGCUGAGGAGCUUGGACUCAAGCAAAUUCCCUGGUCUGAGGUGAAGAGAGCGUCCAAGGAAGGCCUGGCCAACCUGCUCACCAAGCACUAUGAUGGGCCACAGGCCUGGGCUGUGACCGGCAGGGUCUUCCUCAAAAUCAACAGGAAGGACCUCUGUGUCAAGGCCCUGAGGGAGAGCACAGGCCACACAAGGAAGUACCGAGCUCACGUGAAGGAGAAGUUCAGCGACAUGUGGCGCAGGAACACCAUCACAGACGUGGCCGAGUUCUUCCACCAGAAAAUCACUCAGGAAGAGCGUCAGUACUUAGAGUUGUUUCUGAGGCCAGAGGCCACUGAGAAACAGUCGUAUACAGUGGUCCUCCAAGGGGUCCAGAGAAUUGGGAAGACGAUGCUUCUAAUGAAGAUUAUUCUAGCCUGGUCAGACGGCAUCAUCGGGCAGGACCGGUUCUCCUAUAUCUUCUACUUCUGCUGUGGAGAGCUGAAAAAGCUUCCGGCCACAAGCCUGGCUGAACUCAUCUCCAGAGAAUGGCAUGAGCCCUCUGUCCCCGGCAUAGAAAUCACAGCCCAGCCAGAGAGACUCUUGUUCAUCAUCGACAGCUUCGAAAAACUAAAAUGUGACUUGAACCAAUCCGAAUCAGAGCUGUGCAGUGACUGGGAGGAGCAGCAGCCAGUCCCUGUGCUGGUGAGCAGUUUACUGAGGAAGAAAAUGUUCCCAGAAUCCUCUUUGAUCAUUGCCACCACACCAAAUCUCUCCCAGGAGCUGGAGAAAAAUCUGAAGGAUGUCCAGGUGCGGGUAAUGAUGGGCUUCGAUGACUACAGUAAGAAGCUCUAUUUCUCAUCCAUACUCCCCAACUGGGGCCAGGCUGUGCAGGCCUUCAAUGCUGUUCAGGAGAACAAACGGCUCUCCAUGCUGUGCGAAAUGCCGCUGCUCUGCUGGCUUGUAUGCACGUGCCUGAAACAGGAGAUGGAAAGGGGGCAAGAGCCUGCCGAGGUCUGCCGGUGCACCACCACCCUGUAUACCUCCUUCAUCCUUCACGCGUUCACCCCCAGGGGUGCCCAUGGUCCCAGUCCACAAGGCCGAGGGCAGCUGCAGGGCCUGUGCGCCCUGGCUGCAGAGGGCAUGUGGACCAACACGUUUGUGUUUCCCGAGGACAUGCUGGGAAGAAACGGGAUUGCCACCUCUGACAUUGCCACGCUCCUGGACACCAAGAUCCUGCUCAAGGAGCAUGCGGACUGCUACUCCUUCCUCCACUUGUCUGUCCAAGAGUUCUGUGCUGCCUUGUUUCAUGUGCUCAAGAACCCCAGUGAGCACCAUCACCCUGCUGUGGACAGUGUAGAUGUGCUCCUGAUGACCUACUUAGACAGAACGAAAAAAAACUGGAUUUUUCUGGGUUGUUUUCUCAUGGGCCUUCUACACGAAAAUGAGCAACGAAAGCUGGAUGCGUUUUUUGGCUUUCAACCCAGCCAGGAAGUGAAGCAGCUGUGUCACCAGAGCCUGAGGAGAGUCAACGAGAACGAAGAUCUCCAGAGUCAGGUGGACUUCUCCAAACUGUCUUACUGUCUGUUUGAGAUGCAGAAUGAUGAUUUUGUCAGGGAGGUGAUGGAGCCCAUCAAGAAAGUGAACUGCUUAAUCCUGGACAAUACAGACUUGAUCAUCUUCUCGUACUGCUUAAAAUUCUGUCGUAGCUUGAGGAAAUUGAGUCUCUGCAUCGAAAAUAUCUGGGCAAAGCAACCACACAGACCUGUGUUGGAUUCCAGUCUUGUCUGCUGGGACCAAAUAUGCUCAGUAUUCAGGAGAAAUGAAUACCUCUUUGAUCUCAAGAUGAAAGACAGCAUUCUGAAUGAGUCAGCAUGUAUAGCCUUGUACAGCCAUCUGAGGGAGCCCCAUUGUCUCCUCCAAAGCCUCAAGAUGAAGGGUGUGGUCUUAAAUGGUGAGAUGCGGCUUUUCUUUGAUAUAUUCAUUCAGAACCCAAAUAUAAGAUACCUGAGCAUCAGCAGCAUGAAGCUGUCCUGUGAAGAUGUGUUCCUGCUCUGUGAAGCCCUGGACCACCCAACCUGCAACAUCGAAAGCCUGAACCUGGAGGACUGCAGCCUCACUGCCGACCACUGCGACGCCAUGGCCUGGGUCCUGACCCACAACAAGAAGCUGAGGCAGCUGAACCUGACCUGCAACUACCUGGACACCGGCGUGGGCCGACUGUGUGCGGCCUUGAGCUGCCCCGAAGCUGUCCUGGACUUCCUGGAGCUGGCAUGCUGCUACGUCAGCCAGCAGUGCUGCCCGGCUCUCUCAGAGAUGCUUGUGAGGAACAGCACCCUGAGACAUCUGGACCUGAGCUUGAACAUCCUGAAGGACGAAGGCCUGGAGAUUCUCUGUGAGGCUCUGCAGCUCCCGUAUUGCAGCCUGAGGUCCCUGUGCAUAACGGAGUGUGGCUUCUCCACCCAUGGCUGCCAAUACCUCGUUCCAGUCCUCAUGUACAACCAGAACCUGAGACAUUUGCAGAUCGGAGUCAAUGCGCUGGGAGAUGCUGGCGUCAAGUUGCUGUGUGAAGCUCUGGUGUAUCCCCACUGUCGCAUACAGACCCUUGGGCUGCAGGGAUGUGGCUUAACCAGCGCUUGCUGUGGGGACCUGUGGAACGUUCUUACCCACAGCAAGACUCUAGAGGGGCUAAACUUGAGCAGCAACUCCCUGGACUACAGUGGGAUAGCCCUGCUGUGCAAGGCCCUACAACACCCCCAGUGUUCCCUGAAGGUCCUCUGGAUGGGAAAGGGUGACUUGGAUGAGGAAUCAUGGGCCCUUCUGAGGACAGUGGAGGAGAGAGACCCAGAGCUGCACAUUGUGAGUGCCUGA